AUGUCACAAGAAGACACCGAACGCAAUGGCGGCUCUGAAGGCCGCGGCAUCGAAUACGAUGUCGAGUUUCUCGGUCGCCAACGGCCAGCGAUUUUCAAAUCGCAAUGGUCCGAACUUGGCUUUUGUUUCUCUCUUUUGGGAUCCAUGUUGAUGGCGGAAUACUUCGUUAGUGGUUUCCACAUUAUCCUCCCCCCACUCGCCGAGGAGCUGGAUAUCCCCAAGGCUUCGCAAACAUGGCCAUCGAGUGUCUUCUCUCUGGUUACCGGUGCCUUCCUGCUGCCGCUUGGCAGAUUAGGCGACAUGUACGGCGGCUACUACGUCUUCAACAUCGGCCUUGCCUGGUUCUUUGUCUGGUGCCUCAUUGCCGGCUUCAGUAACAACUACUUGAUGUUGAUUUUCUGCCGAGCCCUCCAGGGACUUGGUUCGGCUGCGUAUUUGCCGGCGGGUAUCAUGCUCCUUGGCAAGAUCUACCGACCCGGCCCGCGCAAAAAUCUUGUCUUUGCGCUGUAUGGAGCCUUUGCCCCCAUCGGCUUUUUCUUCGGUAUCCUCAUCGGCGGCGUCUCCGGCCAGUUCCUAACUUGGCGCUGGUACUUUUGGCUUGGCAGCAUUGUCCUGGGCAUUGUUGCCGCCGUUUCGUUUCUAACCAUUCCCAACGACUUCCGUGAAAAGCGUCAGCAGAUCAGUAUGGACUGGUGGGGAGUCGCGACCAUCGUUCCGGGCUUGCUGCUAGUAGUGUAUGCCAUCACCGACAGUUCGCAGGCGCCCAACGGAUGGGCGAGUCCUCAGAUCAUCGUCACUCUGAUAUUGGGCGCCGCGUUCCUCGUUGGGGCGUGGUAUGUCGAGGCCAAGGUAGCCUCGAACCCUCUGUUGCCCGGUGAUUUGUUCGCGCCCAAGUCCAUGAAGACGCUUACGGUCGCUCUCUUCUUUGCAUACGGUACCUUUGGCUUGUUCCUCUUCUACUCCAGCUUUUACAUCGAGACGGUGCUGCACAUGUCGCCGCUACUAACGGCAGUCUGGUACCUGCCCAUGAUCAUUGGCGGUCUCAUCAUCGGUACGGUCGGUGGCUUCACACUGCACCUUCUCCCAGGUCGCGUCCUGCUCGCCAUUUCAGGAAUCGGUAACUUGAUGUCCGUUCUACUGUUUGCCAUCAUCCCGGAUAACCCCAACUACUGGGCGUAUAUCUUCCCGUCCAUGGUGUGCGCGACAAUCGGCAUCGACAUCACCUACACUGUCAGCAACGUCUUCAUCACAACCAAUCUUCCCGCGCACAGGCAAGGUCUCGCCGGAGCACUCAUCAACAGUCUGCUGUUUCUGGGCAUAAGCUUCUUCCUGGGCAUGGGCGAUGUGGCCGUGGGUCAGACGAGCCAUCUAGGCCAGAAGCAAAGCUACAAGACAGCAUUCUGGAUGGCGGUGGGUGUAGCUGGCGUUGCGCUGGUGCUAUAUGCCUUUGUUCAGAUCGGGCAGGCGAAGAGCGACCUGACCAUGGAAGAACGCGCGCAGCUCGAGGCAGAAGCUCGAAGCGCUCAGGGUGCGGAAAGUAUCACCGCAGACACUACUGCUGGCCAGGAGACUUCAGGGACGAUGACCGAUACUGACGCGGAGAAAUCGAAGCCGUCUCUGCCGGAGGCAACCACUCCGGCGAGGUGA